AAUUCACUGGUACAAAUUACAUAUCAAAUAUUCAGUAAUCUUAUAGAAAAGCAAAGCGAGAAAACAGAUUUGCAAGUUCCCACUAUGCACCAUCGCACUUUAACGACAGUCUGAAUACACGGCCUGUCAAAGAGAGCUUUCCUAAAGGAAAAGAUUCCACAAAAUCAUAAGGUAUCGAUACUUAAUGAAACGUUAGGGCUAUUGAGCCUUCUGAGCAGUCUACACGUAUGAAAGAACACUUCGACUGGAUUGCAUCGACAUGAAAGCACAAGGUACUGUUUUGUCUCUGCGCACAUUUGCAAAGUGCCUAUCGGCUGUCGAUGAUCCCCCUUUCAGUCGCAUUCAGUCGUUUGCCGUUCUUGAGUUCCUCGCCUUUUCAAUGCUUCGAUACAACCUUCGGCUUCCUCCCCAAAACAAAAACCCUCUCCACUUUCAACCCCACUUUAGUCCACAAAGUUGCGGGUGUAACCCCCAUCGAAACCCGCAAGAAUGGUAGCGAAACGCACAUGGGAUGCUCCUCUUCUUCGCUGUCCUCCUGUUCCUCAACAAGACCGAACGCGGCGGCAUUAAAUGUGAUCUGGUUAUUGGAGUAUAUGCCCUCUACGUAUGGGUGCGCGCACAUGGCAAGCACGCCUCAGUCGGCCUUUAUAUGCAAGGGUCUACGCAGCGGGAAUGCUACUACCGCUCGUUUCCGCCGUUGCCGUUCAUCCAAGUACUAAAGCUUCGUUCCUGUGCCACAAUUCAGGUCCGCCGUGUCUUGCUCUGCCAAGGCUAUACUCCCUGCGGUUACGGACCCCACACACCUCCGGGCCGACCUUCUCUUAGCUGCAUUCCUACGGAUAGGAGGCGUGGCCUAAAUUGGGUGGCGCAUGCGCAGACGCACAAACGAAGGCGGAGUUUCAAUGGCCGGCGUGCACGACCGUGCGCGGGCGAUUGUCAGCGUUAGCCCCUGACCAACUAGCGCCGUUGAGGAUUGCGCUUUAUAGUGGUGCGCCAGUGGUGUUAGUAGCGCGAAAGGAAAGCAAGAGUCAACAGCAGAACGCAACUGAUUGUCCGUCUGUUCGGAUCGCUAUCGAUCGUCGUGCUGGGAGUUAGGCAAUUUCGUGUUGGUAGUGACGUUGGUCGGUAUGUAUCGGUCGUUGACACUGAACCCCUCCUAGAAUUCGAGUCCACAGGAUUUUGCCUCUUAUCGGAACGCGUUGCGGACCGUCAGGGGGGAUACUACGGAAUAAAUUGUCGAGCAGGAUUAAGCAAACGCACAGGGCUUAAAACGGUGGUUUUUGGCAAUGACUCGGCGGCCGCCCGACGAGAACGUCAGCGAACAAACGAAAACAAUAGUGACAAAGUACCUCAUACAUUUAGUCUUCGUUGGUGUUUGUACCAUAUUAUGUGAACAUGUGGUUGAUGACGAAUGCAGUGUAAAGUGACAAUAUUUCCAGUCGUGUCACGCCGGCUCGCUCGUUUGUUGUCACAGCAGAACGUCCAUUAACCUGGAACACCACUUGAUCUUCUAGGCUGAGGCGAUUAUAAUUGCGUGAUUGUGCAUGUGGCGUUUUGUGAUAUCUUAAGAAAAAGGUGCCAAGUCCCAGCGUGCCUUGAAGGCCGGCCGGAAUUUGUCACAGCUGAGGUUUCAAGCGUCGUUUGUUACCACCGCUGUCAUGCGCUUUUUACCAAACAAUUUCAACAUCAUGUGGCCUACUAGCGUUGUGCUGUUAGUUGUCAUGGCGAAGGAGUCUCUAGGCAUCAUUUCUGAUGAUGAGCUUUCGUCGCAGUCGUAUACACCAAAGCCACGAUUUGUCGGUUCCGUAAAAAAUCGCACAGCGGCGCUCGGCAGGGAAGCUUCAUUGGAGUGCAGCGUAGAGAAUCUCGGAAAUUACAAGGUGACAUGGAUCAAGAUGGACACCGAAACGCUAUUGACGUUUCACACAACGAUCAUUGCUGGUGAAAACCGAUUACGUGUAUCUCACAACAACGCCCGCCAGUGGUACCUCCAUAUCAAGAAUGUGCAAUUGGCCGAUAAGGGAGCGUACAUGUGUCAGAUUAAUUCACAGCCAAUGAUUAAUCAGGUUGGAUACCUCGAUGUCCUAAUCCCGCCCUCGAUCGUAACUGAAGGCACAAUGAGCGAAGUUAAUGUGCAUGAAGGACAGAACGCGACCCUUCGCUGUAAGGCUCACGGAUAUCCGACGCCGACGAUAACCUGGCGAAGAGAAAAUGGCAAAGAUAUAUCUUUGCUCGCAGGUCCCGCUGAGGCACCCAACUCUGCAAAAACUAACAAAGAGUUUGGAUCUAUUGCAUCUGCAUCGCACCCUCACGGGAUCAGUAGCAAGAAAAAGCUAGCCGUGGCGCAUGUGAGCGGCGAGGAAUUAAGCCUUGUCGGGGUAAAACGCGAAGAAAGUGGUGCCUAUCUUUGCAUUGCCAAAAACGGUGUCACUCCAACGGUGAGCCAACGUGUAAAAUUGCUGGUAAAUUUUGGCCCGCGAAUCACGGUAAAUCGAACGGAUAUCGGCGCCAUGAAGGGAAAUUCAGCGCGUCUCGAGUGUUUUAUAGAGGCAUCACCGCGUCCGGACGUCGUUUGGUUGGGAGCUUCUGGAGUCCGGCUAAAUUCAACACAUAAUAACGGAAAAUACACGUCUACGUUCUCGUCACACUGGUAUACACAUCGGUACGAGCUUGUCAUCUAUAACGUUACAAAUCAAGAUUAUGGACAAUAUCAAUGCCAAGCCAAUAAUCCAUUUGGUAAUCGAGAAGCGAUAAUGCGGGUUUAUGAAAUCAAACGGCCGACGGUUCGACCCAAGCCUACGCGACCAUCCACAACAACAGCCCUGUCGACAUGGCGAAGCACUCCACGAUGGUUCGCCCCGAUGACCAUUGAUCCCUUCAUUAUUCCUGAAGGAAUCGAAACAGCAAACGAGGUUCCAAGAGAAGAUGGAUACUCUCACGAGACAAGCCGAAAAGAAGGCAAAAGAGCACCACCAUUCCAUGUUCGAGCUUCCGAAUCUUCAAAGCAAGCUUCAGUGCUACGGCUCCCUGCUUUGCUUUUGAUUGUAUCUUUGUUGUACAUAUUGAACGCCUAGAGAUAUAGAAAGAAUACGUGAUACUAUUAUGUUCAUUGUGAAAAUAGUGAUGGUAAGUGUAUCUACUAUCUACAACUGUCUAGCUAGAGCUGCGUACACUUUAAAUGGUUUAUCCGCUGUUUUUACUCUUGGCGCUGAAAUUAAGCGAUUUCCGAACGUGGAAGAUCGUUUUUCUAACGGAGGAAUCUGUUCUCGGCUUAGCAAGCACCGCGAUCGGUUUCCUAAACGCGUCAACAAUGCGAAUUUAUAUACUUCGUUACCUUGUCUGCCUGAGAAGUGUUUUUCCUUUUGUGGUACACGAGGAAAGCGACUGACAACAUAUGAUACAUAAGAACAAGAGAGAAAAUCACGAGGGCCCACUGUUCAAAGUGGGAAAGGAACUUUUUCUCUUGCAAGAGAUUUCGGCAUAAGUUUCUGCUCAAUGAGAUACCUUCGUGUCGCUGUAACGGCCAGCGACAACUACUAAGCUUUAGCAGCUACGAAAGCUACUGGGUUUGUGCGAGUUGUUCUUGGGGUACAACGACAUUAAAAAACGAAAAAUUUCUCAGACGAACACGCACCAGACGCUGAUCAAGUAAUAAUGAUAAUAAUACCAACAGCAACGAAAGCUUAGAAAGGUCGUUACUUCCAGAGCACUCCAGCCCAGUUAUCAAAACGGGAUGCUCACCAAACAAAACAAUGCACAGUUAGAAAAACGAAGAUUACUAUGAAAACAAAUAAUAUUAAAAAUAUUAAUACUAUAUGUAAUAAUAAUAGUAAAAACGGUGACAACAGCGUACUAAUAAGGCACUUAUAAAACAAUACCGCUGAUUUUACCUAACCAUUAAGGCUACUGAUAUUCCUAGUGCUAAUGCUGCUGUUAAUGCCAAAUACUAUUCUAAACGGACGUAUGGGCCGGCGACAGAUCUGUUUCUCAUACAGAGGAAACAGAGACAGGAGAGGAUAGGACAGAGAGAGAUCUGGUGAGGGUGGGAAGAUUCUGAAAGCUUUUCGAUACGGAUUAUUAAUAUGCGCGCACGAGCUACAUACAUGUAAGUAAAAUAAGUAAAUACGUAUUAGUAGACGUUCCGCUAGUCAGCAGCGAUUAGCGACAUUUAUUGUAGUAAAAAAAAAAAGUACUCAAUCGAUUAGUGAUGAUAACAACAAGAACAACAACGAUGUGUCAGUGGUGGCGAUGACGAUUAUGAUGAUGUAUUGAUCCCGAGAAGUCGCCAGGCUAAUUAAUCAACGAUAUGAUAUAUUAUAAAUUAUUGGACGAAAAGAAAAGCCCUGCGUCCUGGAACCGUGAAAAGGAGAUAGGAGCUCGGUAAGGAGACGAUAGAAAAACACAUAAAAAUAACGAAGCUUAGCAAGUGUUGUUUUUGACACAAAAACAGACGAAAACAAAUUAAAAAUAUGACAGGGAACGAGAAAGAUAAAGGGAAGAGGAGCGAAUAUCCUAAGGGGGUAAUCGUUUGCCAAAUGUUUUCUAGGUCUAUUUGUUGGGUAAUUUUGUAUUACCAGCUAUCUAUAUUGAGUAGGACUAGUAGCCCAUUUCGUAGGCUUCUAAAAUGAGGAACGAAUUUUGUCGACCACAGAGUUGUCAGCAAUGCGAUAGGCCCGCCUAUUGUCUUCCAUCUAGGCGUACUUGAACACGAACAUAAUCAAAUUUGAUAAGACAAUAACAAACGCAGAACACGGCAAGCAUAUCAAUCCAGCGUCAAGUAUACGCAUCUGUCUCGCACUUAUGCCACUUGCUGCGCGUGUUUCGGUUAGCGUUUCUCAAUAUAAGAGCUAAUUAAUAGAUAGAUAUGGAAUAUAUUACGCGCUCGGGUCAUGGGCCCUGCGUCCGAAUAUGAAACACCCAUUAGAAACAGACGUUUAAUUGAAUCAGCUGAAUGGGCACCUGGCUAAAAGAGCACCUUCAAAUCCACAUUCUAGAACACUUGAUAAAAUCCCCAUUGGACAUUACCUGGCCAUUUGUUGCUGCACGAAUAUCGCUUAGUUAGGCUGUUUAUCGCCAGGCAACAUUGUCGUCAAUCGAAGUCGUAUGACUUCGGUUGUCAUGGAUCGCGUCCUGAACCUCGAUCGGCAUACUCAAAUUAUAGUGGUAUAACGCUACCUAAUACUGUCAAGCAUAUCAGCCUAACUCGAAUUCAGCGUCGUUGGCCAGUUUCACUUUCAAGCCGCUAAUGAAGAUCUUGAACGAGAAAGGUCAGCCGGUUAGCGCAUAAAGGCUUCGAGUACUAUCCUAUACCAGAGACCUUUUUACGGAUAUGUGGAAAAAAUGAAGAAAUGUUCCAGGAUCUUUCUGGCGCCUGCUCAUUGUCGGAAGGACCCACCGGAAUCGUGCUACUCCAGCAUAAGUGUGUACAGUGUUUUACGUUAAUGUAAAUUAUAGUCGUCGAUGUGUCCGAAAAAUUAUGUGGGAAGAUGAAGGGUUCUGCCCGUGUAUUGUCGGAGCACGCAUCAAACCAGACAAGUACUCUGUAAAUUAAUUAAACAACUAAUAAUGAUAUGAACAUGAUAUUAACAA